GCAAUGUGCAAUGUGCAUUGUGCAUUGUCCGAGUCCGCCCGGCCUAUUGACUGACAUGCCGUGCUUACUCAUCAAGUGGACUUUAGCAGCAUCCACUAUAUAUGCGCGGCUAUGAGUCCAAUCUUUCCCAUUGAUCUAUCCUUUCUACCAUCAUGACCAACACCUCCGUUCUCAUCGCCGGAGCAGGUCCAUCAGGCCUUGCCUUGGCUCUUGCUUUAUUACAGAAUGGCAUGUCCGUUCGUGUCAUAGACAAGGGUGAAACACACAAGGUCGGCCAGAAAGGGUGUGGUAUCCAGCCCAGGAUUCUCGAGCUUUACCACUUCAUGGGUGUCCUACCUGACAUUCAGAAAAAAGGAGGCCUUAUCUGUCCUGUCAUCCACUACCUUCCAAAUGGCGAGACCAAAACCUUGAGCAUGGUCACUAAGGGCGAGGUUACCCCAGAUAAACCUUGCAGCGAACCACUCCUGCUCGGCCAAGAUCGUCACGAACAGAUACUACGAGAACACCUGGCUAAGUACAGAUGCGAAGUCGAGCUGGGCACGGAACUGGUAUCCUUCGAACAGUUUGCUGACCACGUAGUAUCCCGUGUCAUUAAGACUCACGAUGGUCAGGCUGUUGAAGAAACUAUCGAAUCUCGAUGGCUUGUUGGCGCAGAGGGCGCCCAUAGCGUUGUACGCAAAUCGUUAGGAUUGACGUUCCUCGGCGAGACGCGACAGGAAAAUAUGGUCGUUGGCGACAUCAAGAUUAUAAAACCACAGCUUGACGAGUUCUGGCAUUCUUACGGAAAUGCGACCACCAAAUCGGUAGUUAUACGGCCAUCUGAGGACCCGGCUGCAAACAAAUACCAGUUCUUCGCCAUGGGACCCCAAUUGGACAUGACGACAGUAGCUUCUGGACGGGAAGCGUUUAUCAAAGAGUUCUAUGCUGUCUCUGGCCGGACAGACAUCGAGUUCGGUGAACUCGUAUGGAUAUCCAACUUCCGACCCAAUAUUCGGAUGGUGGACAAGUUCGGUUCAGGGAGAGCUUUUGUAGCCGGAGACGCUGCCCAUGUCCAUAGCCCUACGGGAGGUCAGGGUCUAAACUCAGGCAUCCAAGAUUCGAUUAAUCUAGCAUGGAAACUUGCUCUUGUCGACAAAGGUUUAGCAGCUCCUACUCUCCUAGACACCUAUACCCAAGAACGCAUCCCGGUCAUCGCAGCCAUGCUCAACAAAACCACCGAGCUCCAUAACAAAACUUUCACGCAGGGAGUUGCUUCAUACGACGCGUGGAAGAGAGGGCCCGAACUGUAUCAGUUCGGCGUCAACUACCGCGGAAGCCCAAUAAUCGUCGACGAGGCAGGGACACCCGAGAGCCUCGAUCCGUAUCGGUCGGGAGACGGUGGAAACUUGCGUGCUGGGGACCGUGCUCCGGACGCAUCGGGUCUGGUGGGAGAGAAGACGCGUCUGUUCGAUAUAUUCAGCACAUCGUAUCAUACGGUCCUCAUCUUCUCUGGCGCUGAUCCGGACGUGACGGAGAUCCUGGACCUGCUAAAAGCCUACCCAGUCGGCUCUCUUAAGUCGGUCGUGAUCCUUCCUCAAGACGCUGCUCCUCCUGCCGUUGAUGGCUCCUCCGCUGACUUUGUCCUCACCGACGGAGAGGGUCACGCGUACAAACACUACAAUGGAGUUGUCGUAGUCAGGCCGGAUGGGAUGAUCGGUGCGCUCGUAAGUGGUGUAGACGGGCUGAAACAGUACUUCAAAGGCAUCUUUCUGUAAUUUAUUGGACUCAUAUCGUAUACUACCCCGUUCAUUAUAUAAACCACAGUAACACGAAAAUCUUGUUAAAUUUGUAUCACUGAGGGCG